UUGUGAAUCCCUCAUCUCGGUGCCAGUUGUGCACAAAACGACCUGAGCCAGGCCGGGUGUGUUUUUGUCAUCAUCUAGACCUGGGUGGCCAUGGUACAGGGGAGAUGCAGCGAUUCCAGAAGGUGUUUGGGCGGCUGCAGGCGGCCGCGAUCGGCAUGGUCCACGUCGGGGCACUACCAGGGACACCAAGGAGCAGUGCAACAGUUGGUCAGCUGAUUGACAAGGCUUGUAAAGAGGCUGAGUUAUACAAGAGAGCAGGAUUGGAUGCAGUCAUGGUUGAGAACAUGCACGAUGUGCCGUACUUGUUGGGAAGUGGUGUUGGCCAUGAGGUGACGGCCACCAUGACAGCAGUGUGCCGGGAGGUCCGCAGAGUGUGUCCUCGUGUGCCAUGCGGUGUGCAGGUUCUGUCGGCAGCCAACAAGCAGGCGUUGGCUGUGGCUCUUGCUGCAGGUCUGGACUUUGUGCGUGUGGAAGGGUUUGUGUUCUCCCAUGUAGCAGAUGAGGGGUUGCUGAACAGCUGUGCUGGGGACCUACUUCGAUACAGGACACUGAUUAGUGCAGACAACAUCAUGGUUUUCACUGACAUCAAGAAGAAACACAGCUCCCAUGCCAUCACUGGAGAUGUGAGCAUUGCUGACACAGCACGUGCAGCAGAGUUCUUCCUCUCUGACGGUGUCAUAGUCACAGGCACAGAGACAGGCAGACCAGUGGACAGCAAGGAACUUAAAGAGGUUCAUCAGGCUGUAGACAUUCCAGUGUUGGUGGGUUCUGGAGUCAGCACAGAAAACCUCCCAACAUAUCUCAGGGCCAACGGACUGAUUGUGGGGUCUUACUUCAAGAAAAAUGGCUUUUGGCAGAAUGAGGUGGACCCGGACAGAGUGAACAGGUUUAUGGAUAGGUUGUCCACUCUCAGACAAAAACUCAAGUGACAGUUCUGUGCAAUGGGUUAAAAUUAGCAGCUGAGGGACUAGGUAAUUAAAGUGCCAAUGAUUUUUAAGCUGUUUGGUUUAGGUACUGCCCACUGCCUGACUUGCAUCAUAGAGAACUAAAAUAACCUGGAUGGCAGCAAGACUACACAAACUACUGUUACGAUAAUGUAGACCAAUACAAUUUGAAGAACAAUAUGCUGCAUCAGACUUAUACAAUGUACAUUUUCCUGGAAGGGGGGAGUUAAUUUCUAUGCCACAAUUAAUUUUUUAGCAAUGUUGAUAUCAACGUUGACACAGAAGUGAAUUUCCUGAGUACCCAGUAUUGAGUACUGGUGUGUGAUAUUUUGUAUCAUCAUUCCAAACGAUUUUAAUGGCCAAUUUCUGGAUAAUAUAGUGUA